AUGGUGUUUUUUGGCUACAUGGUGUUCAGCAUAGUACUCGGGCUCCUGGCUGACCGAUAUGGCCGCUGGAAGAUCCUGCUGCUCUCCUUCCUCUGGGCAGCCUAUUUCUCCCUGCUGACCUCGUUUGCCCCAUCCUACAUCUGGUUUGUGUUCCUGCGGGCCAUGGUGGGAGGUGGCGUGUCGGGCCACGCGCAAGGACUUAUCAUAAAAACGGAAUUUUUGCCCACCAAAUAUCGGGGAUACAUGUUGCCCUUAUCUCAGGUGUUUUGGUUGGCAGGAUCCUUGCUGAUCAUUGGCCUGGCAUCAGUGGUGAACCCAACCAUCGGCUGGCGGUGGUUGAUCAGAAUUGCCUCCAUCCCUGGCAUCCUUCUGAUCCUGGUGUUCAAGUUCAUCCCAGAGUCAGCACGGUACAACGUGUCCACGGGGAACACGGGGGCUGCGCUGGCCACGCUGCAGAGGAUAGCCAGGAUCAACAGGGCAGCUGGGCCAGAGGGGCAGCUGAGGGAGCCUGCCAAGGAAAGAAGGGGAAGUUUCAAGGACCUCAUCCACCCCAAAUACCUCAGAACCACUUUGCAGAUAUGGAUCAUAUGGCUUGGCAUAGCUUUUGCUUAUUACGGCGUCAUCUUGGCCAGUGCUGAGUUGCUGGAGCGGGACCUUGUGUGUGGCUCUGCAGCCCCAGCGCUGCAGGACUCCAGGGAUGACUCUGAGGAGAGCCACAGCCCGUGCCAUUGCCGCUUGUUUGGGCCUGCUGCCUACCAGAGCAUGAUCAUCAGCACAGCCGGGGAGAUCGCGCUGAAUCCUGUGAACAUUCUCUGCAUCAAUCUCCUUGGAAGACGUCUAAGCCUGUGUAUCACCAUGGGAUGUACAGCUCUAUUCUUUCUUCUCCUUAAUAUCUGCACCUCAAGUGCAGGCACAGUUGGCUUUCUCUUCAUGCUGCGUGCCUUGGUUUCAGCCAACUUCAACACCAUCUACAUUUACACAGCAGAGGUUUAUCCCACCACAAUGCGAGCGCUGGGGAUGGGGACAAGUGGGGCAUUGUGCCGUGUGGGAGCAAUGGUGGCUCCAUUUAUAUCACAAGUUCUUAUUAGUGCUUCUUUCUUGGGAGCCCUGUGUCUCUUCUCCUCUGUGUGCAUCAUCUGUGCCAUCUCUGCAGUCACACUGCCCAUUGAGACCAAGGGCAGGGCCCUGCAGGUGGGUACCACCACUCUGGGAGCUCCUGUGGCUCUAAAUGCUGUUAGGGACUUGUAG